GUCCAGGGGAACACUGUAGAAGAGCGGACUUCCAUCAAUAUCUUCUGCACCAGACCGGACGGUGAGAAUCAGGGACAAACGAUGUCGAUUCUAUGGGAGAAAAGCGAGACGUGGGGGUGGAUUGUGAGGAAGACGAGGGAUUCAAACCCGUUCUUCCUCACCUUCGCCACCCUCUGCGGCUUCGUUCCCGGAGCUGUUGGCUACGGUGUUGUGCAGCUCACCAACUCCCGCAAUUAGCAACUCGAGGCUCAACUCCGCCAGAACGCCCGCCCCGACUCUCUCGUAAGGAUCCACAUCCAUAUUAAGGUCCUAUCCUAACCUCUGUUUCCAUCUAAUGGGUAUUUGAUAAUUUAGAUGCCUAAUUAAUACAACCUUAAUCAUGUUACAAAGAUUGAAUUUUUUAUGAGUAAAUGGAUCUAAAAUUUUGUUUCAAUUGAUGGGUAUUUGAUAAUUAGAUUCCUGGUUUCUAGAAUUUUGAACAUGUUAUAAAGGUUGAAUCUUUUAUCACAUAUGAAUUUUCGUACGUUUUGUUUUAUUUGUUUGAUAUUUCCUGAUUACUUAUGUUUUCAUGAUUUUACAAUUGACGUCUGUUCAAUCUUUUAUCAUUGAUGAAUCUGAUCAUUUGGCCUUAGAUUUGAUGACAAUGGACGUAUCUAUUAUGGGUUUAUGUUAUGAAUUUGAUCCAAUUGAAAAGUUUAAUGUUUUACAUUGUUGACUAGUUUAGUUGAGCAAAGCAAUCAUUUUUAUUCUUUGACAAAAUUUUAAUUUAGCUUUUAAGGAUCCAUUUGAUCUGCGUAUCUUUUCUUCGAUUUUAGGAGACCAUAAGGGGCAUAAAUAUAUUUUUACCAUCUUGUUUUUCAUCUUUUGAAGUCUGUACUUGUUUUGCCAAGUUAAUAUUGGGCAGAACCCUAAGUGUCUGUUUGGAUGGACAAUAAUGAGUCAAACCUUAU